CGGGGCUGGCGCCGGGGGGCGGAGCCUCUGCCCCGAGAAGCGCGGGGGGCGGCGGCGGGGGCGCCGCGGGGAGAAAGAGAGAGCCAUGCCCGCCCGCCCAGGCCCAGGCCCGCCCGGGAGGAGCCGCCACUGCUCCGCCGCCCUUGCUCUGGCGCGGCCCCAGCUCCCCUCCCGCUGAGCCCGGAAGAGCCUCCUCGGCCCGCGCGCAGAGAUGGCCGCCCGGCCCGGCCCGGGAGGAGCCCCAGGGCGGAGAAGGCCGCAGGAAGCCAGGUCAGGCCCCUCUCCCUCGGCCAGGCCUUGGAGGGUGCAGCCCCAGAGCCCGGGGGGGAGGCGGGCGAGCAGGCCGGCCGGGGCUCCAGGGCUUGCGGCGGCGGCUGCUGCUGCGGAUUUGGGGGAGGGGGUCUGGGAGCGGAGCGGGGCCCGGGGGGCUCUGGGCAGAGCCAGGGGAGGUCCUGCCUUCCCCUUGCCAGGGAGGGGGGCUGUGAGGCCUAGUGGGGCUGCAGAGGGCCUGCCAGUGACUCACUCCCCCCCCCCCCCCUCCCUUAAGACUCGCCCGGGUGGCCUCCUGCCAGCUGCACAGCGUGUUUACCCGGUCCUGGCUUGUUGAUGAACUUGCUGCCCGGGGUAUUUUUAGCUCGCCUGGUGACUCCCCCCCCCCGCCCUGCCUCCAUAUGGUGGGCUAGGGGAGAAGCCCGUCCCCAGUGCAGAGGAGAGCCCACCACCCCUCUGCCCCCUUUGGGCCGCUGGUCCCGCCUGCUUCUCCUCCCUGGUCCUGAGCCUCUCGGCCUUCCCGGGAUCCGGUCCUCCCUCUGCCCUGAGUGUCUCCUGGGUGACUCAGGGCUCUUGCGAGGCCAGCAGGAAAGGGCUGAUUUUCCAGCCGGACGUCAGCACUGGCGGAUCCCCCAAGCAGAUCUCUCUCUCUUGGGCAGCGGUAAAGGCAGGGGGUGGGGGGAGGCAGGGAGACCUCAGAGGGUGGGGCGGCUGCCAGUAACUGGGGGUGGGGGUGAGGUGGAGCUCUCCUGGCUGGGGGGGGGGGCUGAGUGGGGACAGGAGCCAGAACUCGGCAUUCUUCAAUCUGAUGCCCCCUAAAUGCUUUGGGUGGCAAGUCUGACCCAGCCAGUACAAUCUUGUGGCCGCACAGCGCCAGGUCUGUGGCAGCUUGGAGCAGGCAGGGCUGGGCCUGGGGCCCAAGAGUCUGUCCUGGGCCAAGGGGGCUUCCUGAGGAGUGGGAGGGAUGCCCCUGGAGGAGGGGGCAAGCAGAGUCUCUGGGGGGUGCGGCGUGGGGGACACACACUUGUGUUUAUCUCUGCUUGAGCUUCUUGCUCUGUCCUAACCAUGAAGCUGAGCUCUCUCUUCUCCCUCCUUUGUCCGGGGGGGGGGGGAGGGGGGCACCUGCCCUGCUGGAGCUUCACCUGGAGCAGCCCAGGUGUGCCGGCUGGGGCUGGUGGGAGUUGUAGCGCAAAACAGCUGGAAGGCGCCAGGUUGUCAGAGGGUGGCCUUGGGAUGGCUGGGAAGUGACUCAGCGAGUGGCAGGAAAUGGAGCAAGGCAGAUGGACAGGAUCCAGGGCAUUCCUGGCCUCUGCAGGUGACCUGGUGUGGAGCCUGUGAGAGGGAAUGGGUCUUCCUCAGGGAGGGCUGGAUCCAGGCCCUGGCAGGGUGAGCGCACUCAGCAGUGCUUGUUUGGAAAUGCCAUAAAAGGAGAGAGCCAGGUUUUGCCCAGGCAAGCCUCUGCAUGAGAAGGAAAGCUAGAUAUUGGUCUGGAGUUGUGAUGAAGGACUCCCAUCACAGCGCUCAGGCAGACCCAGGGAAGUUCCUUGCCUCCUUUCUCCUGUCUUUUGCAAAAAGUAAACAAGGGAAUGCCAGGCCCAGCGGAGCCCAAGAGAUCAAGUUACUCUCCCCACCCCCAUCUCACCUGAAAAGUCAGAACCUGUUUCUCAAACCCUCAGCAGACAUGGUUUACUGUCCUUGUUUUCUUUGUUAAUGUUCAAGCCCCGCGUGAGAAUAGGAGAGAUGCCACUCACCUUAGCAGGCUGCCCAAGAGACCGCCUCUCCGCCCGGCUUGCUCAUCCCUUUUCUCCCUGUGCUUGCCAAACACCCAGCCUGGCCGAACAAGGACAGUGAUUCAGCCAGCCCAGGCGCCAACCCUCCUCCUUCCCUCUACGGACCCUCUUGGGCACUGAGAUCAGCAGAGGGGGCCUGGUUGGUUGCUCCUCCGCCCUCAGAGGCUCGGGGUAGCAGGGGCCCCAGGAAAGGGUCUUCUCUGUGGCAGCCCCUCAGCUGCAGGACUCGUUUGCCCUGUACAGCUUCUGGAGGAUGCUGAGACGCACCUCUUUCACCCUGACCUUGGACACUUGAAGUGUAUAGAUUUAGGACCCACCGUAUUUCCAUGAUGGCAAGUUGUUUAACUGUUUUCAAUAUUGUCUAUUAACGUUGCAACCCUGGGACCUUGGGCUGAAGGACGGGAAGUAAAUAAACCUUUCUCUCUCUUUCCUGGCCAGCCUGUCAGCUGGCAAAACCCUCCUUCCCCGGGACUCUUCUUUCUGAAGCCCAGGCCAGCCGGGGGCCUCUUUCUUGGGGAGACCUGCUCCCUUGUUUCCGCUGGAUCUGCUCCUUUCUCCCUCUUGGCUGUUUCACCCCCAGUUCUCAGGUUCCCCCCUUUCCUUACCAUCCAGAGCCACAGUAGGAGCUGCUAGGCAGAGGAAGGCACUGCAUUCUCCUUCCUUGGCAUGGCUGCUUUGGUGGAGAUUCCUGCAUUGUAGGGGGUUGGACUAGAUGACCCUGGUCCAACUAGGGUCCCUUCCACCUCUACUGCUCUAUGGUUCUUUGAAUUUUUGCAUCUGCAUUUUUAGAUCUUAUUUUGAUUUAUGUGGAAAUUGUUUCAAUUUGGUUGUGUACUUUUUGAUGUGUUUUACUCGUUUAUAACUUUUGUAAUGUUUGUGAUUAUGUAAAUCUUGGCAUGUUGCUUUAACUAUGGAAAAGUGGCAUACAAACAAAAUGAGGGAGAGGAGGAGAAACGGGCCCAGAGUCUCCCCCCUGCCUUCUACUGAUGGUUACCUAAAAACUUCCUUGUUCCUCUUCCCAAAAUCAACCAACUGGUCAGCACCCAGUUUCCCCUCCUGGGACCCCCUGCCCCCUUCAGCCAAGUCUCCCCACUCUCCCUGACCACAGCCCCAAUCCUGGCUAGUGGAGAGUGGUCCCUGGCGACCCCCGGCUGGAAUGGGGGGCUGCCCCUCCCCAAGUGUCCUGGAGAUGGCCUUGUAUCAGAGAGCCUGCGCUUGUGACUCAGGAGGCCGGUCGCUGCCUCUCAGCCUAACCUACUGGAUGAAAUGGGGAGGCAGAGAACUCUGUGCGUGACCUGGAGCUCCUUGGAGGGGGAAAAGUGGGAUAGAAGUGCAACAGUAGUGAUAAUCUGCCCCCUUCUCCCUGUGUCCCAAUCAGGGUCUGACGGGAGCCGGGCAGCUCAGCAAACCCCAUGGAGGUCAGUGGGAGCCACUAUGGCGAUUAUCAUCGCCUCCCGGACUACGAAGAGGAAGACUCUCCCCCCGAGGAUGAGAAGGAGCUGCUGGUGCACGUCACAGAGGGGCUGAAAGGUACACCUCCCCGGGCCCUGGGAGGGCAGAGGGCAGCCGGCGGGGGUUGGGGGUCCUUUCAGCCAAGCCCCCUUCUCACUCUUUCCUCCUUUGCAGAUUCCUGGCAUCACAUCAAGAACUUGGACAACUUCUUCACCAAAAUAUCCUUCCAGGUUCUUGGGCAUCUUUCGCUCAGGAAGGCCGCUCCGCAGAGCCGCUGGGCCAGAGUUGGCAUGAAUAUGCUACAAGGACUUCCCAGCAGCUAGGGAGCACCUCUGAGCAUGAGCAAAGCGCAUUUCCCUCCACAUGUGGUGCUGGAGGAGCAUGUGGGGCUCAGCGGCCCCAGAAGGCAUCUGGAAUCCCAGGGGAAGGGGGUGCUAUGUGCUGGCCCCCUCUUUUCCAGGUGGCUGCAGGGGGGGUCUUCAAGGCAAGGCGGAGCAGAGUGGUUUUCCUUAACAGACCCUGCACAUCUACCAUUUCCACCAAAAGAAUGGCUUUGCCUGCAUGAUGCUCUCGGACGUCUUUGAGCUGGUGUGAGUACCCAAAACUCCCCCCUCCUUCUGCACCCCCUUCAUUGCUGGGCCCUGGGGGGAGGAGGAGGAGGGAGCUGGGGGGCAUUUGGGGCAGGGCUGCUCCUGAGUGGGGAACAUCUGCCCCCCCCUUUUGCUCUGGGACCUGUCUUCAUAGAGUUGGGAGGGGUCCCCCAGGGUCAUCUGGUCCAGCCCCCUGCAACGCAGGACUGGUGGCUUAAGAUUCCCAUCCAAGCUCUGCUUGAAAACCUCCCCGGAAGGAGAGCCCACCAGGAAACAAGCCUGAUCAUCUUCCCCACAGCGGCCUUCAGCUAUUUGGAGGGAGCCCCCGUAUUCCCUCUCGGUCUUCUCGUCUCCAGGCUGCAGGGAGCAUGGAGGUGCCUUUCUCCGUCCACAGUGGGGAGGCCCAGGGGUCUCCUCCGGAUCUUCCUUCCCUGUUGGGCAGGGCAGGGGGUGGGAGGGAGCCCCCACGCCAGCUGCAAAGGGUCCCACCAGGGAAUGCAUUGCAUUGCAGGCAGGUUGGGCCAGAUGCGCCCUGGGAGUCCUGCAGGCUGAGGGUGGGCCUGGGCAGAGGGGCUCUCCUGACCCCACUUGGCUCCUCUCCCCCCAGGCAGUUCCUGUUUGUGGUCACCUUCACCACCUUCCUGCUCUGCUGCGUGGAGUACGACGUGCUCUUUGCCAACCGGCCUGUCAAUCACACUCACCCCGGAGGGGGCGCCCUCCCCGAGAGGAACAAGGUGACGCUGCCUGAUGCCAUCCUGCCCACGCCCCAGUGCGCCCAGAGGUGAGUGGGGGGGGGGAGAGAAGAGACCCUCCUGCGGGGAAGGGGUCGGCCCUCGGGAGCCCCAAACCUCCUUCGCAGCCGGGGGGGGGGGGAGAGGUCCAGUUAGAUAGAUGCUGUGGAACUCCCUGCCUCUUGACUCCAGGCAAACGCCUUCACAGUGUUCCUUUUGGCACCUGCUGAAAACGUUCCUGUUUAGACAAGGUGGUGUGAGUUUUAAUGAUUUAACUCUUGCAUGUUGUGUGCUUUUCUGGGUUUUAUUAUUUUAUCUUUUUGUCAACUGCUUUGAGGGUUUUUUGUUUUUAUGAUAUAUAGAUAGAUACACAGCUGCCCUUGCAUUCUAGGGGGUUGGACUAGAUGGCCCUUGGGGAUCCCUUCCAACUUUAUGGUUCUAUGUACCUGUAUGUACGUAUGUACACACACACACACACGCACCCCUUAGGAAAGGGUCGGAGUUAAUCCAGGUUGAUUAAUCUGGAGCGACCUAGUGCAACCCAGCCUAGGUCGCUUGGAGGGGAGGAGUCCCUCCCCAACAGCCUUAAGCCUUUCCCCAGCCUGGACCUCAGAGGAUGCUGCUGCCCGUGCCUGCAGGGGAGAGUGUUGGUCUCGCACCCGGGUCCUGUUUGGGGUCUCCCUCCCGUUGUCCUCGGCUGACCCUCCCCUGGCCAGGCUGAUUGGGCCCUGGUGUCCCCCCCUCCCCUCCCUCAGGAUCCGUUCCAGCGGCUGGAUCAUCUUCCUGCUGGUGAUGGCUGCCACCUUCUGGGUCUACCGCCUGGUGAAAGUCCUCUGCAGCCUCUUGGGCUACUGGGAGAUCCGCACCUUCUACACCAAGGCCCUCAAGAUCCCCUCGGUGAGUGAGUGAGUGAGUGAGCAAGAAGGAAAAUAAGAACGUUAUUAUUUAUAGGCCACCCAUCUGACUAGGAUGCCUCAGCCAGCAAGCAGCCUCUAACAUUAAAAACCUCCCAGCACAGAGGGGGCGAUGGGUGCAGCAAGGACCCCCCUUGUUCCUCAGGAGGCAGCCGGUGAGUCUGCUGAGCCCCCCUCUCCUUUACCUCUCCUCUGACGCCUCCUUGGGCUGCUCCCAGAGGCUGCUGACAUCCCACCCCCCAGAUCGUUCCUGCAUGUCUGAGCCCCACGGCUUAAAUAGAAUUUAAUUGCAACAAGGGAUGCCUGCAUUUCUGCCAAUAGCAAAAAGGGACAGUCCCUGUCUUCCAAAUAAUAGCCGAAUCCUUAAGGUGUGUGUGUGGGGGGGGGUGUCUGCCCUCCUGCCUGACUGAACAGGGCCGUUCCUGUGAGGGGCACAGCUCCUAAGCACCUGGUGCUUGAGCGUCUGUGUGUGUUUCCUUGCUGCCAUAGGGGCAAUGUUGUCGGUGGAAUAAGGAGUCGGAGGCAGGACUUGAGGGGUGAAGGAAGGUUUCCCCCUCUCUCCCCCUUUGGGUCCUGAUGGUCAGAGACCCAGUGAGCAGGUUGGGGUUCGCCUCCCCCAGGGACAGCGGCCUGACUUUGGGGAGGGUCCUCAGGAGCUGCAAAACUUUGGCUCCCAGCUUCUGGAUUUCACUCUGUAGGCUGAUCUUUUUUUUGGGGGGGGGUGGAUGUCAUUUCUGGCUCUCCCUUGAGGGAGGGAGGUUGGACUAAGUGGCCUCUAUGGCCUUAAGCAGAGAUCCUUUGUGAAUCAGAUGUGAAGCAGGGGGGCCUAAUCCUGUGGCGGCUGCCUGUUUAAUUCUGAGCUGAGCAGGAGCUAUGACUUCCUACGCCCCACUUUAGCAAGCUGGAGUGCCUGUAGGGAGGUCUAUUCAUCCAUCCAUUCCUGUCUGUUUAUAAAAAUAUUUGUGUUCUGCUGGGUCCUGAAAAGAAUAUACAAAAGCAGUUUUCAGCGAUAAAAACCCAGAACCAUCUGGGGAGGGGUCUUAAUUGCCUGUCAGGUGUUUAAAAGUGGGCCCAGAAGGAGGCUGCUGAGUCUCCAGGGACAGAGAGCCUGGGGGCUGGGGGUCCUCUUCCUCCCCCCCCCCCAGCGUGUCCUCACCCCCUCUCUUGCGCCCCCGCAGGACGAGCUGUGCAACUGCAGCUGGCAGGAGGUGCAGGCGCGGCUGAUCUCUCUGCAGCGGGAGCAGCCGAUGUGCGUCCACAAGCGGGAGCUGAGUGAGCUGGACAUCCACCACCGCGUCCUGCGCUUCAAGAACUACCUGGUGGCCAUGGUGAACAAGGCGCUGCUGCCCGUGCGCUUCCGCCUGCCCCUGCUGGGCGAGGCCGUCUUCCUGACGCAGGGCCUCAAGUACAACCUGGAGCUGCUCUUCUUCUGGGGGCCGGGCUCCCUCUUCCAGGGCAAGUGGAGCCUGCAGCCCCAGUACAAGCGGGCGGGGGCCCGGCUGGAGCUGGCGCGGCGCCUGGGGCGAGGCAUGCUGCUGCUGGGCCUGGCCAACCUGCUGCUCUGCCCCUUCAUCCUGGUGUGGCAGGUGCUGUACGCCUUCUUCAGCUACACGGAGGUGCUCAAGAGGGAGCCGGGCAGCCUGGGCGCCCGCCGCUGGUCCCUCUUCGGCCGCCUCUACCUGCGCCACUUCAAUGAGCUGGACCACGAGCUGCAGGCGCGCCUCAGCCGCGGCUACAAGCCCGCCUCCAAGUACAUGAACUCCUUUGCCAGCCCCCUGCUGGCCCUGCUGGCCAGGAACGUCUGCUUCUUCGCCGGCUCCCUCCUGGCCGUCCUCAUCGCCCUCACCGUCUACGACGAGGACGUCCUCACCGUGCAGCACAUCCUCACCGCCAUCACCCUCCUGGGGGUCAUCGUCACCGUCGCCAGGUGGGUCAGGAGGGCGGGCGCAUGUGGCCCUCCAGAGAGCCAGGGCCGGAAGACCCACCUGAUGCGGCCCUCCACCUCCUGCUGCUGAAGCCCAUCUCCCGUUCCCCUGUGGCCUUUGGCCAGGCUGGGAGUUUGAGCCCCUCGAGGUCUCGGGUGGGGGCUGGGCUUCAAAGGGAAACCCCAGCGAGUCUUCAGCUGUGAUUUCUGCCCUGAGAUUAAAACCCAGCCCCAUAAUAGGCCUGCUACCCCUGGGGUGUCCUAACCAAGGCCGGCUCCAGGGAGGAUCUCCAGUGUGAAAUUGCUGGGCUGGAGGUCUCCAGCAGACGGGCCUCUCUCCGGUUUGGCCUCCUCUGCCCUGCGGAAUGGGGGCACCUGGCACUGAUCCCUCGCCAGAUCCCAGGUUCUCCUCGCAUUGAGCACACGUGUGGUAUUUCAGGGGUUGUACUUGGCCACGUUUUGUUCAGAAUAGACCCAUUGAAAUGGAUGGACCACAUCUGUUAAUUUCAGUGGGUCUGUUUAGGUGAGCGCAACCCCAUAUUUUCAGUGGGUAACAGGAUUUUGUAGAAUGGUCAAGUCAGAUGGGACCCCCAAGGGUCAUCCGGCUCAAGCUCCUGGCAGAUUGCCUUCAAACCUCCACCUUCCGCCACACAUCCACCAAGACACCAAAUCCUGGUGGCAAAGCGCUGGAUUAAGUCAUGGAGGGGUGCGGGGAGGCUCCUUCCGCCAGGUGAUGGACAUCUUCCCCUGUGGGGCACCCCCCCCCCCGCCUUGAUGUCCCCAGUGCAUGGGGGAGGGUGUUUGGGCCGGUCUUCCUGGGUGCUGACCCCCCUCCCCCUCCCGCAGGUCCUUCAUCCCGGACGAGCACCUGGUGUGGUGCCCAGAGCAGCUGCUGCAGUGCGUCCUGGCGCACAUUCACUACAUGCCUGACCACUGGCAGGGCAAUGCCCACAAGGCGGAGACGCGGGAGGAGCUGGCCCAGCUCUUCCAGUACAAGGCGGUGAGUGGGCCGGGGGGGGUGAGGCAGGAGGUCUUUAAUUUCUAGAGGAUUUGUAGCCUGCUGUUCACCCAGAAAGGCGCUCAGAGCAGCUGACAUGCAGUCAAUCAGUAGCUGCUAAUAUUUCUUCAUAUCGUGUCUUUUUCAUAGUUCGGGACUCAGUGGCGUAGCGUGGGUUGUCAGCACCUGGGGCAAGGCAAGUAAUUUGCGCCCCCUAACCCGUGGAUUUUAGUAGGGGCAGAGAGCUGCAAGUGCGAGCGCCCCCCCCCCCAGAUGUUGCACCCGGUGCGGCCGGCCCCCCCUGCACCCCCCACGCUACGCCACUGUCGGGACUCAAGGCGACUUACACAGAUAGCGAAAGACAUUAGCUAAAAGCAAAAACGUUCGCUAGAAGCAUAAAGCUAAAGGCAAUUGUUAAAAUGUAAUUAAUCAUUAAUAUAAUGAAAACUAAGAUUUAAAAGGUGUGCUAAGAGCACAGGCCUCAGCAAUAGAGACAUGCCAGCACCAGUCCUUUCCCAAAGUCCCGUUGGAACCAGGAGGUCUCAGCUGUCAGAGAAUGGACAGCGAGGAGGGAGUCUGUCUGGCGUCCCCUGGCAGGGAGUUCCAGAGUUGCCUGGGAGCAGCCCCCACCGAGAAGGCCCCUCUGGGUGCCCAGCAAGGGUGGGAGGCAGUGCUGCCCGCAGGCUUACGGUGUGAAGAAGGCAUUGCGCAAUUAGGAAGGACAGGGCAGGAUCCGGCAGCUCUGCUUCUUCGCUCUCCUGGGAUGGAGCCCCCAGCGCAGCCCCUCUGCUCCCUCUCAUCCCGCAUGCCAGGGUGGGUUUUGGGGACGGGAGACCUCUGGCGCUGACAGCCCCCCCCCCCGUGCCCCCAGGUCUUCAUCCUGGAGGAGCUGCUGAGCCCCAUUGUGACCCCCUUCCUGCUCAUCUUUGCCCUUCGCGCCAAAGCCCUGGACAUCAUCGACUUCUUCCGCAACUUCUCGGUGGAAGUGGUGGGGGUCGGGGACAUCUGCUCCUUCGCCCAGCUGGACAUCCGCAACCAUGGCAACCCACAGGUAUGGGGGGAGCUGGAGGUGGCAGUCCUCACCGGGGGGGGGGGGAGAGAUUUCAAGCGCUAAGGCCUGUUUGCCAGCAGCCGUGUGACCCGGUGCCUUCCCUGCGUCCAGUCAGUGUGGCCAGUUUGGGGACAGGCAUUUCAGUUUCUUGUUUCCGGGUGGAAUUAUUCUGAAGUGCUGCAGGGGGUUGGAUGGAGGGCCCCCCCCAUGAGAGACAGUGUGGCAUAGUGGUUAGAGCAUCAGGCUAGCACCUGAGAGAGCCCAGGGUUCCAAUCCCCAGUUGGCCAUGGAGCUCACUGGGUGACCUUGGGCCAGUCCCUGCCUCUCAGCCUCACCUCCUUCGCAGGGUGGUUUAAGCCGGGUGGGGGGGGCCAUGUGUGCCCCCUCAGGCUCCUUGGAGAAAAAGGGGGGAGGUAAAUGCAAUAAAUAACACGAUACCCACUGGCAAUCCUCGUCUCACACAGCAGCCCCAUUUUACAGGCAGGGAAACAGAGGCUGGGAGUGUGACAUGCCCAGGGCCAAGCAGAGGACUCCUGGGCUUCUCUGCUGCAGCCAAGCCCCCAGUUCUGCUGGACUCCCAUUCCCCUCUUGGGCCCUUCUUAUUCCCCUUACAAAUAUGUGUGAGCUGACAUGAGGGGGUACAUGGCUCAGUGGUUGGAGCAGAUGCCCCCUCCCCUGGGGCACACUCACCCUGCUGCCAGUCAGAGUCAGACCAUACUGAGCUAGAGGCCCACGAGCCCCCUCCCAUCCUGCCGUUUCCAGCAACUGGGAUCCAGAAAUAUUUGCUGCCUCCAGCCGUGGAGGGCAGAGCCCGGCCAAAGUGGCUGGUAGCCUUUGGUCCACACAGGUUGGUGCCCCCCCGCCUCCUGCGGGAGAAGGUCCUUACUUUUCUUGCUCCUGAAUCCCCAGCCGUCCCCCCUGAGUCUUCCCUGCGCCCACGGCCUCCCUGACUUGCUCUCUCCCCCCCCCACCCCCCCAGUGGCUGUCCCAGGGCCGGACAGAGGCCUCCGUCUACCAGCAGGCAGAGAACGGCAAGACGGAGCUCUCCCUGGUCCACUUCGCCAUCACCAACCCGCGCUGGCAGCCUCCCCCCGAGAGCUCCCUCUUCAUCGGGCACCUCAAGGAGAAGGUGCAGCAGGAUGCGGCCCACGCGCCCCCUGCCCAGCGCCUCUUGGCCGAGGCCCCCCUGGGCGCCUCCUUCCUGUCGGACGAGGGACCCUGCACCGUGGUGAGUCCUGGGGACGGGGGAGGGAGCCGUCUCUGGGGUCCUGAGCCCCCUUUCCCCUCCGGACGCUCCCUCUAACCGCCUCUCCCUCCCUGCAGCCGGAGGCCCUCCUGGCCAGUGUCCUGGCCCACCCUGUCCUGGCAGCGGGAAGUGGGGGUCUGGCGUCCCAGGCGGAGAGGCGGCGCUUUGGGCAGCUGGGCAGCGCAGCCGGUGCAGCCGCCAGCAUCCUGGCCUCCCUCUCCUGCUCGCAGCUGCCCCGGCGGGGCGAGAACGCCGUCUACCAGAGCGACAGCACCCUCCCCGGAGACAGGUAGGCAGAGGGGAGACCUGGCUGGUCUGGGGCCCGGGCACAAGGGUGGCAGGUCAGGCCCAGGACUGCUUGGCCCCGGUGCUCUGACUCCCAGAUAGGGAAGGAGGGAGCUGGUGGGGGGCUGGAAAGAGACCCUGGGGGGCUCCAUUGGGCCCCUGCUGUUCCCCACCCCAUUCUCUGUCCACCUGUCUCUUGAUUUCAUCCUUGGGGGACCCGCUGCGUUUCCCAUUUCUCUUUUCCUUUCCUCUCCCCUCUUUUCCGCUCCAUGUGCCUUUCUGCUUUCUCUCCAAAGUGGUUCCUUCUGCCGUCCGGAAAGGAGCCGCCUGGUCUUGGUGGGGAGGGCCCUGUGGCCUGGGCUGCAGAGGGGCUGGUGGAGGAGGGGGGGCUGCCCCCUGCCCAAUCCCAGCUUCUUUCAGCCAGUGUGCCAACGAGUCCCUGCCUUUCUGUGCCCUCCAGUGUUGCCCCACCGGAGACGCGCCCAGGGCCCCUCAGCCGCUCAGUGCUGCUCUCUGAGUUUGCCUCGGCCGAGAUGAGUCUGCACGCCAUUUACAUGCAUGAGGUGAGUGGUUGGGGGGGGGGGAGCAGCAUUGCCUUCCUACACGGCAGGGGUUGGACUAGAUGCCCCUGGAGAUCCCUUCCAGCUCUGUGCUUCCUCUGUCUCCUGGGUGGUGGGGCGGGGCCAGAGCAUUCCGGGGUUUCACCUGUGUGGGAUCCCUGGCGGAGGGGGCUUGGUCCUGGGUGAGAUCCCCCAGGGAUCCAGUAUGCCCACCCUCACAGGCUGUGGCGCCCUCCUGACUUCCCUCUCUCCUCCAGCUUCACCAGCAGCAGCAGCACCAGACGUCGCCACGCUCACCCUCGCAGCCCUUGGCGCAGGCAGGUGAGCCUCCCCUCUGGGGCACUGGAAGCGCAACACUGCGGGGCUUCCUUCCCUUCCGGGGGGGUCUUCCCUGGGGGCGCUUCCCCCAAGAGUCCUCCCUCCGAUGCUCUUGGCUGCAGAGCCAGGUGAUGCCUCGGGGGGGGGGGGCCUUAGCGGGGGCUGGAAAGAACACGUUGCCCAGCGUGGAGGAGGCUUGGUCUGCUCCAGGGCGAGAGCCGUUUCCGUGGCAAAGCAGCCAUGGCCGAGUUGAGAGUCCCUGGGGGCUGGGUCCCAAUGGCCCGUCCCACCUGAAGGGCUUUCUGGCCUCUGCUUGCCUUUCCCUGCCCCAGGCGGGGGUUGGGGGGUCACUUGCUUGCCAGUGGCCCUCCCUGGGGGGCCGAGGUGCAAAACUGUCUCUGAGGCUCCUGACGUGUAAUAUUCACCUGCCCCCAGGGGGGAGGGAGGAAGAGGCAGAAAGACGUUGCUUUUCCUCUAUUGUAGUCUUAUGUUUUGAACCGCCCUGAGAUAGGGCGGGAUACAGAUUUAAUACAAAUCUCAUGUGGGUCCCCGGCUCACUUCCUUCUCCACCCUGCAGCUUCCCCCAAGCCCUCUUCGCAUGUGCGCAGCCAGGAUCUAACCCUUGGGGGCUGGAAAGAGGAAGAAGAGGAGGAGGAAGAGUCGUCUCAGGCACAGCAGCAACAGAGGGAGAAGAGCUAGCAGCCGCCAUCGCCCUUCCCAUCGCCCACCCUCCUCUUGACGUGAGUCUCCUUCCCCUCCUGCUCUCUGACCCACAGCCUCCCUCCGUGGGGCUUCACCUGAGCUCAGGGGGGACUCUGCAGAGCUCAGCCCCACGCUCCAAGGCCUCCUUGCCUGUCCCUGCAUCCCCCCCACAUUCCCUCAGUGUCAGGGUUAGGGGAGGCUGGCAGCACCAGGCAAGAUUCCUGGGAUCAAGGCUGCUUCCUUCCUGGGGUCCUGCUCUGAGCAAUUUUGGAUGGAGAGAUGGGGCUAGAGAUGCGAAGGCCUGGGGUGGGGACAGUAAAUGGUGGGGGGGAGUCGCCUUGCUUUUUUUUCAUUUUUUUCUGUGUGUCUGGAAAGAGGGUCAGCAGCUCUGGGCAGCUGGCUUUGUUCAGACACCUUUCCCCUGGGGAGUCAUGGCCACUGACUUGGGUGGCGUUAAAGGGGAAUCGGAUAAAUCCUGGAGGAAUCAGCAUAGAAUCCUAGAGCGGCAGAGUUGGAAGGGGUCACGAGGGUCAUCUAGCCCAACCCCCUGCAGGGCAGGACUCUUUUGCCUGUGACCCUGAGGUUCAGAGUCUCUUUCGUGCUCGGCCAGUGGAGCUCUCUCAGCUGAGGAGAGGAGGAGGCCAGGAGCCAGGAUGGCUCUGGCUGGCCCCCGUGGCUGCAGGAGCCUGGACGAGAGGGGCCUGACCCCAUGGCCCAUCCUACAUGCCUUGCAUGAGGCUUUGGUACCUGGGGUCCAGCCCCCCAACCUCCUAACCCUGCCUGUUUUGCCCCUGCAGGUGAUGGCUGCCGGCGGUGACUUGCUGGACUCCUCCCCCCCCCACCUCCCGGAGCGUGGCCAGCCAGAAGAGGAGCAGCGCAGGAGUGGGAAUGCGCCUGAUCCCCACCCUUGGCUGGCUGUGGACUCUGACGGGAGAAGGGGACCCCCCCCUUCCUGGCUUUGGGUGUGUGCCCUCCGCGGGGGUGAAUAAGCUAUGGGCCGGAUCAGGCCCUGCCCGGUGCUACUCAUAGAGCUAUAGAGUUCCUGAGGUCACUGAGAGGAUGGCUGGAGCCAAAUCCCCCCCUUCUCCCUGCCUUCCUCUGCUGCUAUAUGAGCUGCGCUGUGCCCCCCCCCUUGCAAAGCCGCCCCCGGGGGCAGGGGGCUCCAGCUCAGGACCCUUUGGGGACAAAUAAAUGUUUACAGAUGUGGCUAACGAGAGAG